AUGAAGGGUCGUCCGAUGCCGUUUUACAUGUCCGAGAAGCAUUCAGGUUUGCCGUUGGCGUUGACUGAGGAGGGGGACCCAAUAGAAGGAUUUGUAUGGUUCCAUGGGCAGCUGCAUCCAGUGGGAUUUUGCGCGGCAAAGCACCCGCCGGCGUUGGACAGUGCAUUGGACUGGGUGCACCCGUUGGGUGACCCGGACAGCGUUGUGCCAGGGAUCCUGGUGGCGGAUGCGGUGCCACAUUACCUGUUGGCGGACGGCGAGUUCUACCCGAUAGCGUGUGGUGACAACGGUCGGCCGUUGGAGGGUUUUUUGCGACACCCUGAGCAUGCGGAUGUGUUGGUACCGGUGGGGCUGCAAGUCGAGGACGCGGCGGGUGAACCUGUGCCCGGUCUGGUCGCACUUGCCGGUGGGGAAGAAACAACGGGCGUCCCCGCUCACCCCAGUGCGGGUUGGAGUACACACUACCUUGCGGAAGAUCGGGCGCCGACCACCCCUGCUGACGAAGACCGACUCUCCGACCACCCCACCGACCACCCCACCGACCACCCCUGGGACCACCCUUUGAGCCCCGUUGUGCAACAACCGAUUGUGCACCGGCUGGACCAACAACCAAGCGACGAGGCGUUCCCCACAUUCAGCGGUGAACCCGCCCCGUUCCAGGGCGAAGCAUUCGGAGGCGAAGCGCCUCCCUAUUCCGCCGAAAUCUCUGCCGCUCAGACCGCGCUUCUACGCUCUGACGGGUACGGUUCCGCCGGCCGCUCAAUCGACGCCCUCCGCGCAGAGAUCCUGCCCUCACCUCUCCCAUCCGGCCAGUCCAUGACCAUCCUGUCCCGCUCGGCCGCCCAAGACCAGGACCCGAAUCUUCACGACCAAGACCCGAACCCGCCCCUGCCCUCGUCACCGCAGCACCCCGCGCUACCAAGGACGCACGAACCGCAACCCGUAACGACCCACCAGUCGGCCGACCAACAUGCCGAUGCAUACCAACCAGAUGAUGCAUAUCAAUCACUCGAUAUACAACCAGGGACGAAUGCGUCUGGCACCCCGCUCCUCGCCCAUGGCACCGUCCCCCAUGGCGCCAUCGCCCAUGGCUACUUCGGCCGUGCCUACUGUCCCGAUGGCUCCAGCCCCGAUGGCUCCAGUCCCGAUGGCUCCAGUCCCGAUGGCUCCAGUCCCGAUGGCUCCAGUCCCGAUGGCUCCAGUCCCGAUGGCUCCAGUCCCGAUGGCUCCAGUCCCGAUGGCUCCAGUCCCGAUGGCCGAGAAUUCGUCUUACUUCGGGACUGA